AUGUCCGCAUCGGUCAAAGCUGCUCUCGCAGCAAAGCGGGCGGGAGUAGCUGCACAUGGCAGGGCUUUGCGAUCCGCUAGCCCUAUCAAAAGGAGCGGCAGCUCCAGAUCGACCCUCAACGAGUCUAGUGACAUGUCAGCACACACCGAUCAUGCAGACCAAGGCGACGUUGUUGAAGAGGCGGACAUUUCCGGUUUCGCCCAGGUGCCAAUGGACAAGAUACUACUCAAAGCCUGUCAAACUGGCAGAGUCAACGUUGCAACUCGGUUACCUGCGCUGAAAGCGCUCCCGGAGGAGAUCUAUGCACUCAUCAGCGGAUCAGAGCCGGGAUGGUACGAUAGAGGGGACAGUGAUCGAGCAUGGUACGAGCGUGAAGAGAUCCGAUCGCUGCAGGCGAAUGGGAAUGCUCUGCAUGAGCUCGACGAGAGAAUUGGCGAGUUCCGUGCUCUGCUCAAAAUUGAGCUACAACAAAAUGAGCUCGUUGCGCUGCCUCAAUCGUUCCUCAAUCUCUGGCAUCUCACUGUCCUCAACCUAUCAGCAAACAACCUGACGUGUUUUCCGACGUGCCUACUUGCGCUGGAUAAUCUGAAGAAUCUUGACCUGUCUUCAAAUAAGCUCAAGUCCCUCUGGAGCGCAGAGGACAUCUUGGCUUCGAGAGGAGAGAAGAAGAGACGCCGAGCCGAGUGGGAGUCCGAGAAUGGCCCGAUAGACGAGGAUGGGAUGUGGUCUGGCUUUUUAUCAGGACCAAGCAGUCCGAUCAAGAAGAGCAACAAACUGCUGCCACAAGCAGUUCUGCCACCAACAACCCCCAUGCAUGCACUCAGGACGUUGUGCCUCGGGAGGAACAGGCUUGGGGGCGCAACGUUCGGCUUGGCUGGAGCAACCGCAGAGUCAGAAAUUUUUGUGUUCCCUUCGAGACUGCGCGUGCUGGAUCUCAGUGACAACGACAUUUGCGGGCCGGUCAGCUACGCGCCAUUCGCAGCGCUGCCAGAUCUGCAGGAACUGAAUCUCUCUGGCAACGGCGUUUCAGAUCAGGUCUUCGCCAUCCCAGCCGAUGAGAGCGCACCGUUAUCGACGUUGCCCGUCUUCUCCUCCCUUGCGUUGCUUCACUUAGCAAGAUGCGACAUUGAUGACCUUGCUCCCCUUCAAGCAGUAUUCGACAGCGGGAAUAUUCGCGAGCAGGACUCUGCAGUUUACGCAGCGCAACAGGAGGCGACUGGACACAGGAAAGACUCUGGGAGGAGAGUCAUCGCGCGAAAGCAGAUUAUCAAAGUUAAAGGCAGCCCGAGUCAAGCACUCAAAGACACGGAGCUACACGUCGUGCUGGACGGCAACCCGCUGCGCGAGGAGGAAUUCAAGAAGAAGAGAACUCCUGGGUAUAACAUGGCGCAAGCCCAGGCUGAAUCGAAGGGGGCAGACACAGGACCUGGAAGCGGCAGCAGAGGCCGGAGCACUUCCCGGGACGGCCUGCGGGGCAGGCAGAGCAGUGGCUUUGAGCCCGUUGGCGGUGAUCACGGCAGUCCAGGGACGCCAAAUAUGAACACUUUGAAUGAGAGCGGGGCGUUCAAAGCCCGCCGUUCCCCUUCCACGGAGGGCUCUUCGCUCGCCUCUCAUGCAACAGAGCAACCGUCCGCGCUUGCUAUGCAAGCUCAAAUGCAGGGAAUUCAGAUUGACAACGCCGCUCGUCAACAGUCUAUGGCUUCAACGCAAACAAAGUCGGUUGCAGUACAGAAAGAAGAGUGGGAGCUGCUUGCAGAGGCCGGACUGCUUACCGAAGGUGGCAAGCGGCGCGCGCGGGCCGAGCAAGCGCGGCGAGCGCGAGAAAUGCAGAAUCGCAUCGCAAACAAGGCCGGCAUUCCAAGUUUUGGGAAUACUGAAGUCCUCCCCACCAAAUCGCUAGCCCAGGGGCAAGGCCUACCCAAUGCGGAGAGUGGUGACGAUACUCUUUUUGAAGGAGAGGCGGAUGCGGGGAGCGCACUCGCAAACGCCAAGCUAAGCAACAAGAAAAAGGAGGCGCUUUCGCAAGUGCCUUGCAAGUUCUUCCGCAGCAACGGAUGCUCAGCGGGCAGCGCAUGCCCUUUUGCACAUACCAUCCCGGGUGAAGGUUUGCAGAAAGCUACGUGCCAAUGGUUUUUGAAGGGUAAUUGCCGCUUUGGUCAUAAGUGUGCGCUUGCGCAUAUCUUCCCGGGUCAGCCGAUCAGCAUGGACCGUAAGAACAAGAGGGCAAUGCAACAUGGCCUCCCACUGCCAUCGCUGACGACCGAGCAUCAGCGAAAUGAUAGCGAGAUCAGCCGGGCUCAAGCACCUCAGACUCCGACACUUGUGCCUCCCUAUGGUGUUGACCCAUCCUUUAUGCAGCAGCAACAACAGCCAAGAACAUGGCCUGCCCCAGAGGGCAUUAUGGCUCCUCCAGCGCGAGACGGAGACCUUAUGUUUGGCAUGCCCGAUGACCUUAGAGGACCCUCCUCGGCUCGCGAGAUUCAGGCAGCCUUGCCAGGAACCAGUCCGUCAGCUCAUCGAGCUGGACCCUUGCGCUUCACGGCAGACCAGGCCAUCCACUCGGGUUCGCCCGGGUCCAGGGCUUUCGGGACUAGCCCCUUCAGUCAAGGUGGUCAUGUCUUUUACUCUGGCAGCCAAGGGUCGGAUGCCGACUUCGCUGCACAGGGACAAAUGAGGUUUGACCUCCACAAGAGCCAUGACGACGAUGAUGAGCAGCUGGAGGAAGACUUCCUCCCUUCCAGCCUAUCUGAACUGCUGACGCCGGAGGAGCGGGUAAGGCGUGCGCGCUCGAAUAGAGCUGCGCAGAGCCUGCCUACAAGCACGGGUAUUAUCAAGGACCAAUGGCCUGCACAAUCUGCAGAUGAUACGAAAAACAGUGCUUUGGAAACUGCGAUGCGCUUGGGCUUGUAUAGCUCCUCUCCAUCAAACACCCCCGGUGGCUCGAGGUUUGCAGGGUUAAUGGCACGAACUGGUAGCGGAUAUAACACGGUGGAUGGGUCCUCCUCCUUCGGCGGCCACAGUCCAAACCCUCUACCACCGCACGCAUACAGUCCCGCCAGUCGUGCUGCUCUCGGCCAGCACGCUCCGGGACAGAGCUUACCCCGCGGCCUCGCAGCCGGCCUCAGCCGCUUACACCUCAAGCAGGGAGAAGAGAUCCCCAUGUCGCACGUUCCGACCAAUUUGCAUCCAUUGUCGAGCCGGUAUACGCAUCUAGACGAUCUCACUCCGAUCGCUCCGUCGUCUGUCUUGCCACACCGCCAAACAUUCGGCCUCGAUGCAGGCUUCUCGUCGCUCGCUUCGCUCGGCACCAGCCCUCAGUCGUUUGGAGCACUGCGCGGAGAGCGGACCGAUCUACCAGGUAUGCCGAUUCCUGCAUCGAGCAACGGUGCACCAGCAGCGUUUCAGGCACCUCAAGUGUCACCUUCCAAGUCUGCGGUUAGCCGUCUUCGUGGCAUAGGUCCGCUGGCUGGAAGCCCGCUCGCAACUUCAGGAGGCUCGCGUAAGGACGAGGACGAAGAUACCAUUUUCCAGUUCGAGUGA